UAUAGAAAUAAGCACUUUUGAAGGAAAAAUAAAUUCUCUGCGUGCAUAGAUCUGGGAAAGGCCAAAGGUAUUUUGGGUGGAGUAGCUGUAAUUCUGAAGGGAAGAGGCAGGGAUUUCCUUUGAAGUUUUUUGCGUUAAGUGCACCCUAUCAACUUUUUGUACGUGGCUGGAGUUCACAAGCUUUAAUAACUCUAGAACAUUCCUAUUAUUCUGUUUGAAUGUGUUUGUUCUUCAGGUUCUUUUUUUUUUUUUUUUUCCUUAGAGCAGCUCUCGAAGGUGGCAAUUGUAAAAGCAAGGACCAUUUUCUCACUCCAGGGAGUGGACUUCUCCAGCUUUGCCUUACAAAGGAGGAUGUUGUCCCUGAGGCUUACAGCCUCUGGAAUAUUAUUCUGCGUUUUUAAAUAGGAGCUCUUCCUGCAGUGAUGAAUGUGUAGUCACCUCUGACAGUGCCCAAAAAAUUGUAAGGGCACUGAGAGUGAAUGCACAAAGAGCAGUAAAUCUUCUGCUAGCCAUUUAUGCCUUUGCAGCCUGUCAAAGGCAUGGAUCAAUUUCCCUAACUUGUUCUUACUUCUGCUUGUUUUACACUAAUUCUCAUUCUUCUCCCCUCAGCCUGGAUGGUUUUCUUUAGUCCUGAAGCAGCUAUUGUCUUUCUUUGGUAUUGAGGUUAGAGUUUUUUUAUUGUUAUUUUCACUAUGCACUUUUAAAACAAGCUUAAAAUUCUGCUUCUGUCUCUGCAUUUCACUUGUCUCUGCAAAUGUUCACGGCCUGAAAUUCCUGCAGGUGUGUCUUUCCAGCUCUUUUGCAUUUCAGUGCCUUCAGCUUUUGUAAAUGAGCUUUGAAAACUUUGGGGAUUGUGUUCAUUUUAAGGAGUUCCCUCUGAAACUGCUGUAACGCCUGCAGUUCAUGAUCAGCUGUUUUAAUAACAACCCCCAUGGUCCUGCCUUCUCUUAAAUCUCCAUCAACAAAAAGUUUCACUCUUCUGGGCUCUCAUCUUUCUUGUUCCUGUGCCUGGUUCACAAUCCACAUCCCUUUUGGUUACAGCAGCUUUCCAGCUGAUUUCUCAGCCAGAUCCUCUUUCUGUCACCCUCUCCUGGCUAUGUUCUCUGCUUCUCUUGCUCUUCCCACAGCAAUGCACAUUCUGCCUGGUGUGAUACAGGUUUGGAGCAUGAAACCCACUUAGUUUUGCUGUGAGGAAAAAAAAAAGUAUUUGAUUUCUACAGGGAAGUUUCAGCCUUGCUGUUUAGUUUUGUUUCUUACCUGGAAGGAAAGGCCUUAAUUUGGAAGUUUGUAGAGACCUAGAAACAACACCUGCUUGGGGAUGCAGAGCUGAGUUUUUCUCUCUUUGCUUCCUCAUUUUAUUCUCUGGAUUGCUGUAUUCCAGAUUGCCCUUUCCCUGCAUUUGGCUUCCUUCUGGACAAGUCUCUUAUAGCCCCUUACACCAUGGCAUGGCAUCUGUAUCUGCAAUGACUCUUCAGCAAACCAGUCCUCUUUUGAGUGAGACCCAGUCUGCUGUGCUCCUUUCCUGCCUGACUGUGUUCAAGGAUAUUACUUUAGAACCUUAAAUGUGAAGGAUUUUUGGGAUUAUUUGGUAAUUGGGAACAAAAUUGUCAUUAAUGCCACAUAACUGUCAUCAGGACAGCUGAAUGGGUGACUUCAUUACAGCAAGGUGCUACAGAUGUUGACCCAUUCCUGUCUUAAUAAUUAAUGAACUAGUGAUCAGUGUUGUUAGAAAGUGGUUUUAUUUCUCUCUGUGCAUGUGAUGUUAAGAAAUACCAAAUGAGAUUAUGAAGUAACUUGGGGGAGUUUUUGCUGCUUCUUUCUUCUAAAUUUCUUUUAAUGCUUGUUUUGCAAGACUGUGCACAUCUUACCCUCUUUUCCUAACUUCCCUGUUCUCUCUGUGAGCUGGCAUUGAAACCUCUGACUGUGCCCUCUGAGUGCUUUUUAUUCAUGAGCAGUCUUCUUCCUUUUGGUAGUUCUCAAUUCACAGAACACUGUAAAAUGCUGUCAUGGUUUGGGAUAAGAUGGUUCAGCACUCAGCAAUAUUAAACCUGUCUGUGUUGCUUGUGAAGUGUAACAAAAUUCCCUAUCAUUGAGGUAAUCAAAUGUAUAAAUAAAUAUGCAUAUAUUUCAGUUAAAAUGCACUUUAAACUAAGCCAUACUUCUAUUUCCAUGAAGUUCAGAGGGGGAAAUGAAGCUGGUCUUUGUGAACUCUGUCUAAAUGUGACACUUGGAAUGAAUCUAGCACAUCUGUGAUGAGAACCUGGUGCCUACUUCAUGUGGUACCACAGGUUUUUCUCUGUAGAAAUUUGAAUUAUGCAUAAAAUAGAGUGAAUUCAGCUGUAACUAGGUAAAUCUGUCACUUGGCAACUAAUAGGGAUCCUGUGAGUCACUGCUGUGGGUAUUCUCAUUUUGUAUCUCUUUUUUUAUUUUUUUAGUGAACUUUGGUUUCAAAAUGUUCCAACUAAAUGCUUUUUGUUUUCAGGAUCAAAGCUCAAAUUCUUCACUGCUGUCUUGGAGAGGUUUUCAGUGCAGUGGGAGGCGCAACUGGAGUGCGGCGAGAGACCUGCAGAGAUACAGAAACCAUUACCCAGACUUGAAAGAUACAGAGAAUGAGGAGGAAGAAGAGAUGUGGAACUUAAGCUUUUAUAAAAAUGAAAUUGCUUUUGUGCCCCAUGGUGUGUUUAUUGAAACUCUCCUUUCAUCUUGGGCAGACAAGUAUGAAACACUGGAAGAAAACCAUUCUUACAUACAAUGGCUGUUCCCUUUACGUGAACAUGGGAUGAACUGGCGUGCCAGGCCACUCACCUGUCAAGAAAUCCAGGCCUUUAGGAAGUCCAAGGAAGUUAUGGACAGGUUUAUCCGUGCUUACAAACUCAUGCUGGGAUUUUAUGGAAUCAACCUGGUCAACGAAGAAACUGGAGAACUUGAGAGAGCAGAGAAUUGGCGUGAACGCUUUGAAAACUUGAACAGGUUCAGCCACAACAAUUUGAGGAUUACUCGCAUCCUGAAGUGCCUGGGGGAGAUGGGACAUGAAGACUAUCAAGUGCACUUGGUGAAGUUUUUCCUCACAGAAACUCUUGUCGAGGAGACAUUACCAAAUGUCAAGAGAAGUGCCUUGGAUUACUUCCUGUUCACUGUCAGAAGCAAAGAGAAGAGGAGAGAACUCGUCCACUAUGCUUGGCAACACUUCAAACCUCAGAGCAGCUUCGUGUGGGGGCCUCGUGACAAACUCCAGAAGUACAGACCCCGCUCUGCCAAGCCACAGCUGCACCAAAGGCCUGAGGAUAAACAGGACGCUCCAUGUCAAAAAUGUGGUGAUUCUGUGGAGAAGGAUCAGAACCAGUCUCCAGAGGUGGAACAGAAAGCUGGAGAUGCUGCAGAGUUGCAGCCUGAAAUGAGUGAUGAGAAGAUAAGCAAGUGUGUUUUGAAGGUAGGAGAUGAUGAAGAGGAGAAAGAAGCCUCAUUUGCCCAGCUGGAGGAAAAGGAUUUAAAAAGUGAGGCUGAAGAAGGACAGGGUACUGCAGAGAAUGACUGCACAAAGGAGAGCAAGAAGAGAAAACUGAAUGCAGGUUUGGCAGAUGCUAAAGGGGAUAGAUCAUUGAAAAACUCUGCUGAUAUUGAAAACAUUUCCCAUAAUCUGGGAGAGUGUGCAAUUGAUGCAGAGAUCCCCUCCUCAGACCCAGUCUCCCAGGCAGAAGAGAAUCAGGAAGCACUGAAGGAAGAUGAUUCAAGCACCAAAGAGCCGGCAGUGCCAGAGGCCACGGAUGCAGCUGUGAAACGCAGGAAAGUUGAUAAAAAACCAUUGAGAAACAAACCAGUCAAUUUGGCCAUAAACCUGAGCAUGGGGCCCUCAGCCUCUGGUGCCAAGGCAAAUCCAUCUGCUGUCAACGGUGAGGCUGGAAAAGAAAAUGACAGUGAGAAAAAUGAAGCUGUGGAAGUGCCAAGUGAGAAGGGGAGUGGUGGUGGUGAUGCAGAUGAUGGGGAGGUGAGAUCCUUGGCUGCUUCCAGGCUCCCCAGGACUGACUGCACUGCUCCAAUCAAGGAUGGCUGCAAGUCAGGUGAAGAUCAAGACUCAGCAGAGGGUGAUCAGCACCACUGCAACAGUAAACUGCUGGGGGACAAAAGUGAACUAGAUGGGGUAGGACAGCAGGAAAAAGCAGGUGAAAAGGGGCAAGCAGAAGACACAGACAAGAAGCAAACUCCAGAGAGUCAUGAGCAGAGCACGACACCCCCUUGUCCUGAAGAGAACAGUGCUGAGGUCCCACCAGAAAAAGGUGAAGGCUCUGAGAAUGCAGCAGAGUGAGAGCAGCACAGUGAGCGCCCGAGCCAGUGGAGGUGGCACUGCCCCGUCUGCUGGGAGCCAGCUUUGCUGGCUUGGAGAACUGAAUAAAUUUCCUUUGGGAUGAUCCAGCUGGCCCCUGUCUCACUUUCACUCUUCCAUGGUUUUUUAAUCAUCCCUAGUAAACUCACUGACAUCUGGCUCUUGGUUACCCUAAAGAGGAAAACUCUGCAUUUACUCAUCUUCACGGGCAGGCCAUGUCCUGUUCCUGGGUUUUAUCUGUUGUUCAGGGCUAUCUUGGAGGAACGGGGAUUUUUGCACUUGGCUUUGAUUCUGAUUAUGUCCCUACUGAAAGAGAAGAGGAAAAGUGAUGUCUCCUUGUAUGAAUUACUUAACUAUUUAUUAAAGACACAAUUUUUAAUGUAAAGACAGCAUGACCUAAUUUGCCAGGCCUUUCUACUGCUGUGUAACUUUGUUUAUUAUUGUGAAAGGCUGUACCUUACCAGGAGUUUUUUCCUGGCAAAUGUGCUGUUUCUCUAAAAGAGAUGAGUAUAUGGAUUUCAAAUUAUUCAUUAUAGUUGCCUCUCCUCUGGUAAGGAAAGUAGGUUUGGCUUUAACUGGGAUAAAAACUAUAGCCAAAAUGUGUCUCUGACCAGUAUGAACCUUGGUGUAGAGAUUCUGUUCUCUGAGGUGCAAAGUGCUGAGUAGUUAUUUCUCUUUAUCCCUACAGAGGUUGCUUUGUAGUUCUUGUUAGAAUUAGGACUACAAGUUGCCGACUAAGACUUUCUAAGAGAAAAAAACUCCAAAUUUUGCGUAAAACUGUUUAGAGCUGCUCUUCCCCAGGUUUUCCCACACUUAUAUCCUUUAUAGUCUUCCACAGAUUUUUGUGUCCAUGACUGUUUCAAAGGCCCUCAUCUCUCCAUUGCCAAAACAGCACAAAUAUUUCCCAGUGCAUUUUUUUCAGCCUUUGCUGGUGAUUUGCAGUGGCCUGGAGGAGCUCUUUCCUGCAGGCCCAUGGUGUGAGGUUUGAUGUGUCAGAUCCAACUCGUUUCCUACUUAGGGCAGGAUUGCUUUGCCUUUAAUGUCAGACAGCCAGGGCAUGUUCCAGUGCAGCAUGUCUGGAAACCACUGGGCUUUGUGGGGCAGUUAAUUGAAACGUUAAUUGGAGAGGCUACGCUUGUCUGGUUCGUUCAUUUCUAGCCCUCAAGAAUUUACUUUCAGACCUUGCCAGCUCUUUGCGUGCCUCGGUGUUCCUGACCUCCCUGUCAGCUGUUCUGCUACACUUACACGAUAUUCCACCGAGUCUGAAGGAGAAUUAAAACAGUUUAGCACCUUCACUCCUAAAAAUUUGCAACAGAGAAUCUGUUUCAUGAAGCAGGGGAAAUUGUGUCCAACAGCCUGAAGGUCUGGACUUGCUGUUUGCUCAGGUUGUGUGGGUUUGUUUUGAGGUUCUUUGGUGCUGUUUGGUUUGUGUCAGAGAUGGUCAGAGAGCAGAUGCAGCAGCUUGUGCAAUGUCAAUGGUUUUGUUUCUCUGCUACAGCUCUUGAGAAGCCUUAUCUUUCAAGGAAUUUGAGGGGUAAUUUACCUUCCCAGACAGUAGGUUGUGAUCCAGUAUGCCACAUGUGUGUGGGAAUAAAAAUCUGCAGGCUUAACAUCUGAUGUUAAUGGUCACAUAUGUACUGAAAAAAGGCUUUAAUGUUUUAAAAUACUUCUUUCUUCUUAAGAACAGAUGGAUUAAAUAGCCAGUAAGAAUACACUUAACUACAGAUAAAAAUACUUGAAGAUGUUGAGUGAGAAUUCUUUCCUAACAGAUUCCUAAGAAUUGUUAAUUGUGGCUUUUGUACAGAUUUAUAGUAAUUUUCUUAUUUAAUGAAAUUUUGAUUGUGAAUAUGUGCUCAGGGGGGCAUAGAUCCUCUGUCUUGUUAUGGUGGGGUUUGGUUUUGUGUUUAAUGGGAUUUCACUGUGAGCCCCAGCCUGGAGUGAAUGCUCAAACCAACUUCUUCCCUCUCCUGCCAGGUUUAGUUUUGGCUGUGGGUGUGUGUGGUGAGUUCACAAGGUGUUACCCAGCACUCAGAGCUGUAUCACAGAGUCUGGUAUGUUAAUUCCCCUAUUAAAGCAUGACUUUAAUGCA